AUGUUCGAAACAAUCAUUGCAUCAUUUAUCAAGCGUUAUCUCAUUCGUUAUAUUGAUAUUAAUGCUGAUCAAUUAUCUGCUCAACUUCUAUCAAAACAGCAGAUUAUCAUUGAUAAUCUACGAUUCAACAUCACAGCGAUUAACGAAGAUAUACGAAAGAAAUUUCAUUUACCGUUAACGAUUGAAUCGAUCGAUUUAGGUCAGAUUCAAUGUUCGUUUGUAUGGAGUUCAUUGUUCUUUCGUUCAACAUCAGCGGCAUUUAUUAUCAAAAUUCAACGUAUUCAUCUUGUUGUUAAAAGCUAUGAAGAAGAAACUUCGAGUGAAACCGACGAUGAAACUAAUGAGAAAUACAAACGCGAUCAACUUGACUUAGCCGAACAACAAUUUGAAAAAGAAUGGGAAUGUUUCGGUGAAGUCAAACGAUCGAGAUGGAACGUUCAACAUCUAAUCAUGUCAUUUUUUGAAAAACUGCAAAUUCAUAUUCACGACGUCCAUAUCCAAUAUAAAACUUCGUCAGAUCAAUCCAUUGGAUUGACUUGCCAUCAGAUCGACAUUGGAAAUGAACCGUGUAACGAACUAAUGAGUCGACAAGUUAUUCGAAUCAAUCAGCCAGGAUUGUACAUAAAUACCAAUCUCGUGUCAGAUCAUUCGUAUAUCUUAUUUCUGGAAAGUUCUAUGGCAAUUUCAUUAACUCAUAACCAUUUCUUGGUCAGUCAACAAGAAUAUCGGUAUGAAUUCGAAUGCGUAUUGAAUCAUUUCGAUAUCAAGUGCACUGCGGAGCAAAUUCGACUGUUAGUUGAAAUACUUCGAUCGAUUCAAUAUUCCAGUUUAUAUCGGAUGAUUAUGUUUGAUCCAUGUCGGCCUCGGUCGAAAGUUUCCAAACAAUCAGUGAGAAUAUGGUGGCGUUAUGCUAUUCUAGCCGUUCUUCGUUUACGAAUGGCUGUUAAGGAUUCUACCACAUCGCUAUGGUUCGAUCGUUCGUUGCUAAUUAAUCGUUUACAUCGAUUGAAUACAUAUGCCAGAUUAUAUCGUACUCAUCUGUCGAAAUCUUCGAGCUUAUCAAUUGAAGUUCAACAAACUCUAAGUGAGAUUGAGAAAGAAUUCGAUUUAGAACAUCUACUCAUUAUGAGACGAUCGAUUUUUCAAAGUCGAAUUAAUGAACAGAUAAGUCAACGACGAAAGGUGACUCCCUGGUAUGCGAAUUACGCACAGUGGAUUACUUCGAGGAUGAUCGAUUUGUGGGGGAGAACGUCGACAAAUAGUGAGGUGUCAUUAAACGAAAACGAUGUGAAAAUUCAAGAUCAAGUGAAUACGUUUAUCGCCGAAUCUUUAGAAGAUGAAGAUCUACUCGAAAGUUGUCAAAAUGCGCAGAUUUUUAGAUUCAAUCUGGUCUUGAAAUCAAUUCAAAUCAAUCUGUUAUCUUCCCAACAUGCUGAGCUUUUGGGUUUUCAUUUGCAAAACUUCACUUGGUUGACAGAAGUUCGACCACGUCAUCGAGCUUUAAUGCUCGCUAUUCGUUUAGAUGAUUUACUUGUUCGUGACCAAGAACAGACGGAGACAUUCUCGGCAAUUAUCUCUGCGAAUAAAGAAGUUCAACACCAGCAAUCUUCUGUGCUAGACUUUGUCUUCGAGAAAAGAGCGAAAAUGCCGAGUUCAAUUUGUUUUCGUAGCUGUGGUCUGUCGAUUGUUUGUUGUCCAACAUCGAUACAACGAUUAUACCGAUUUUAUGUUUCGGCACUGGAUGAACCUUCACUGUCAAUACCAUUGUCGUUGACAUACUGUAAACGAAUCCAACAUUGUAUUGCUCGAAAUUAUCGCUCGAUACUUGAACAAACCGUAACGACAUCAAAAGUACGAAGUCUCAAACGACGUCAUCAUUUUGCGAAGAAGAUUUUGCAAAUAUCUGUAAAUAUUGGUGCUUCAAAAAUCAUCAUGCCUUUCUCAUCACAAGAUUCAGUAAUCGUCGGUAUCAGUUGUUUGAGCUUUACUAAUGUUCCUCGAAAUGCAGCCAGUGUCGAUGAAGAAGAGUUUCUAACUCCUGUGAGUUCUCCUUCUGCAAAUGACGAAUUAUUCGAGGUCGAGUCGACAUUUUACUCGAUGAAUUUCUUUACAGCAGAUCAGACAAGUGACGCUGUUGAUCAAUCACCUUUUAAGUUUUCUAUUGAUAAUGUGCAAAUCGGAUAUCCAGCUUGUCUUACGCAGAUUGUACAGUUAUCAAAUCUUUGCUUUUCUUUGCAACCUCAAAACGAUCGCUUAUGGCCUAUAGUAAAUAUCUCCGGUGUAUUCCAAAAAGUCAAUCUCUGUUUCGAUCUACAUCAAAUACAAAAUCUAUCCAAUGCGCUUACUCCUUGGUUGACGUUAUUGACCUGUGCAUCUAGCCAGCAGCAUUAUCAACGCAGUAUCUUGCCUGGAUUUGACUGUCGUUUCGAGGAAAUCUGCGUAGUUCUAAAUGAUAAUUCUCAGACCUUAUGUGACAUUCGCAUGUGCAAUGCUUAUGUUACAUUCACCAAAAAUCAACAUUUGAAUAGCAUGACUUUGAGUUUAGAAGAUCUAAUUAUUUACGAUUGUCUGGCAAAGACUGAAAAUGGCAACGAAAUUCUAUUGAAAGUUGAGCGAGUGUCUAGUAAUAGCGAUGCUUUCAUCCGGGUGAACAGUCAUUUUCAAACAACACCUACUAUUUCCAAUAUCAAUGCAAUCGUCGAUGUAAAUACAAACAAAUUAAUCUUUGUUUUCAAUCCUCGCACAUUCUGUACAUUACUGAAUUAUUUCUCAACCAUCAACCGUUCACGAAUAACAAAAGAUACUCUAUCGAAGCAUUUAGAAAACUGUCAACUAAACAUCAAAUCUACACAAACCAAUAUAAUUUUUCAUCCAUUCACCACAGCAAAAUGGUCAAAUGAGAUCAAAAUGGAUAGAUUUGCACUCAAUGUCACAUUCAAUACCUAUACUAGAUGCGAAAUGAUGAUUAGUAGUCUACAACUGCUGAACCAUUCUGAUAAUUUACCAGCUAUUAAUAUACGCGAUCAUUCAAACCAAUGUGAAGCACCUUCGUUGUAUUGCUUGUUAACAAACGAAAAGAACAAACAGUUCCACUUGCUUAUCAAAGUCUCUUCUUUUUCCUAUAAGCAUUCCCAGUAUCUUAUCGAAUCUGUUCGAGAAACUUAUGAUGAUAUCAAACGUAACUGUGAUUACACCGGUCAACAACGGUUUCCAAAAGCUUUAGGAAUAUCAUGGUCGUUGUGUAUCGACGUGAGUGCAUCAACGAUUAUUUUACCAAAUAGUAUUGGUUUAGAACUUGAUCAUAUUCAUAUACAAAACCAUCCCAACAGUUCGUCAGAUUUCAACAUUGACAUCAACCAGUUGACUCUAAUACGAAUGAAAGCGAACGAGAGUAAUCAAUUGGAAACUUUAUCAAAGCAAUUCCUGGAACAUAUGUCUAUUUCGGUUAAUCUUCAACUAACAACUGAAUUCACAACCCUGCUUAAUUUACAAUUAACCAGUUUACCUCGUAUAUAUCUUAGUCCCGUUCGAAUUCAUUGGCUUUCACAAAUCUUGCGGACAAGUUUUUCUACUAAUCAAGCAUCCUCGUCUACUAAUUUCCUCUUUCGACUGCAAUCAACACAAAUGAUUAUCAUUUUCCUUACUGAUCGCAGCACCGACAUGAGUGUUCUAUCUGAAGCCUUGCUAGACCAAUGUCAAAUGACCUAUGAACUGAAUUAUACUCGUCAAAGGAACAUACGCCUUCAAUUCAGUUCAUUUGUAAUUAAAAAUCGUUUAACCGAUGCUGAUCCAUCGCUCAUCGCAUUGACAUCACCUUCAUCUAUCGAAAUGUGUUUACCACAAAUCGAAAGUGAAUACAAACAGCUCGAUAUUCGACUGAGCAAAACUGAUGUUAGACUCAUCAGGCCAACUUGGAGAUUCUUAAUAGAACUGAUUGAAUUCUUUAAUCAUAAACAUGAAGUUGAAGAAGAAAGAAAAGCAAAUGUUCUAUCCAAGAAUAAUUUAAUCAAAAUCUCGUUUGCCAUUGAAUCGAUUUCUUGUUGGCUUCAAGACGAACAAAUCACACUUAUGAAUAUCGAUCUACAGCAGUUUACUAUUCAGUUUCACACUUUUCUGAAACAAUCGGGCUCGGAAUGGUUUCUUCACAGUCAACUUGGCUCUAUAUCUGUACGAGAUUUAACAACUAUCGAUCAAAUAUACGUUGAGCGAUUAGGCACGACAACUAAUUCUACAACAACACCAGUGAUCCAAUUUAAACUUACAAAAGAUAGACAAGCUCAAUCUCAGUUAAGAAUAACUUCGAUCCAAUACACUCAUACUCAGUAUUUUCUGCUGAGAAUUCUCGAAUAUUUUCACCGCUUUCAACAAAAUGAAGAUUUUUACAAACAUUUUAUGUGUAAAAUUCCUCAGAAACACACUGGUACGCUCUGGAACAUCGAAGUAACAGAUGUGACAUUGCAAAUACCUGAAGAUCUACGUAAACAAUCAGAAUUAACUAUGCAACUCGAUAAGAUCUAUUUCAACAAUUGCUCACCUGGGUAUUUUAUGUCGAUAAACAUCACAAACAUAAAACUGGAUCUUUCGCCGCUCAUUCGUGCACCUUUCAAUCUGACCAUUGCAACUGAACAGAAUGGACUAUCGAAGAAUUACACGAUCAAAUUGAAACUAUCAUCAAUCGAAUUUCUCUUUGAUUCGAACCAACUUCAUUUACUUCAGAGUAUUCUGAUCUCAAAUCUCCAUCAACAAUCUACUUCGAAUCCAAGCCAUCUAUUUUCUUCGAUACCGACGUCUGAUUUCGCUUUGACGAUGGAGCUCGAUCAGAUCGGAUUGGAAAUAUUUCUUCCUGGAACAAUCGAGCAUCGUCAUUCGUUCGCUUAUACGAAUCUGACAAAUCUUCAUCUGUCUGUCGACAAAUAUUCGGAUGGAGAUCAAGUUUUACAUCUCAUUUGCUCUGCAAUCAAACUUACUGACACUCGAGCCGAAAGGCAAGAUCUGAUAGUGCCUUCAUCCUCAUCAUCGGAUUCUCAUCAGCUUGAACUUCGUUUCAAAAGAACUAAGUCUUCAAAUCAAUGUACAAUAACAUUAAACUCCAUUCGUAUUCUAUUUGUGAUCGAUUGGUUCAUUGAAAUCAAUAGUUUUCUCCAUACAUUCAGCCGACAAUCAUCGAUGAUGGCAAACAACAUCUCAUUCCCAUUUUCAGAGAUUCAAAUGAAUUUGAAUCACUUCGAAAUAGUCCUUGCUUCUACAUUACAUGAUCCAUAUACUCCCGCAUUGAUCUAUUCCAGCACAAUGAUGAUUAAUUACUUACGGACAAGGUCAUCUGUCGAAUGCUUAAUCAAAGAUUUAACAAUGAUUACCUGCCAAGUUGGAAAUAUUAACGAAACAAGUCUUUCGAUUAUUGAACCAACGGAUUGUUCAUUAUUAAUUCAUGCAUCAAACGACCUACCUGUACAGUAUACUUGCGAACUCAACUUCUCUCUAUUAAAUAUACGUAUUUCUCACUCAGAUAUUCACAUGUUGUUUUCUCUCUUUCAAACUAUUUCCCGUCAAAUGCAAAUGCGAAAACCUCUAUUAACUACGGUUUCUACCUUUCUCGCCUCACCGGCUCGAGAUUAUUCCACGCUUAUGUCUGAUUUAUUAAACAUCAAGUUCAUUUGUACAGAAAUAUGUGUAUGCCUGAUUGAUGAUUGUUUCGGUGUUAAUAUUCCUCUCCUGAAUGUUCAUCUGAAAUCAUUUCAACUGCAAACAAUCGAACAUAGCGUCCAGGAGCGCAAGGAAGUUUGUGAUUUUGAAUUAACUGUAUUGUAUUACAAUCGAUUUCAAUCAGGAUUUGAGCCAUUAAUUGAACCGUGUUCGUUACUAAUGAUUUUGAUGAGAACAUCUUCGAUCAAUUUCUUAUCGGUCGUUUCGAAAGAAACCCUGAAUUUGAAUUUUACAAAAGCAUUCCAUUGUUUGCUCAAUCUUGUUCAAAAGAACUGGAAUACCAAAAAGAAAGCCUAUUUUCGUCAGGUCAAACCCAUUGAACCUUACUGUUUUACAAAUCUCAUUGGCGUCCCUAUCCGAUUUCGCACUUGGAUAUCAGCAGAGCAGAUGUUCUCGUCCAAUGAACAUUUUGUUGAUCAUAAUCAAACUAUUCCAUUUUCUUUCCAAAUCAAAACACGAAAGAAUUCUGUUGUUACUUCUCUCUUUCAAACUGAUCGUCGCGUGGAGAUUGCUAUCGAUGGAUGGAAAUGCUUACAACCAAUCUCCAUCGACCGUACCGGUACAUUCUUUCGAAUUGCUACUCCUACCGAUGACAAUUAUCUGGUCCAGCCUACCCUUGUUCUUAUCCAUAUCGCUAUGACCGAAAAUUCCAUUCGAUCGAUUACUAUUAAGUCAUCGAUCGAAGUACGCAAUCAAUUGUUGAAUGCAAUCGAUGUUCGAUGCGAAUCACGGUCAAAUCUAGUUCAUGAAUUUCGCUUGGAAUCGAACGAAAUGGGUUCGCUGCCGAUUCAAAUCUGUUCGAUGCUAAAACAUAUUCAAGUCCGACCAGCUGAUUUCGCUCUUGGCUUUUGUACUGAACCUAUAUCGUGGUUUGAAAUUGAGCAUCAAAAUUUACCCAAUUCAAAAAAGAAAAACUCAAGGAAAAGUUCUUCAUCGGAAGAAAAUCGAAUUAAUCGUCAAUCCUUAUUCCGAAUUUGCUCAUUCGAUGGCAAAGAAGCCGUGUAUUAUCUUUGUAUCCAAUCGAAACAGACUUUGCUUUCAACGUUUCAAGACGAAAUACUUUCAGUCUAUGAAUUAUCCAUCCAUCCUCCAUUGACAAUAUGUAAUUUACUACCGUGUUCAUUGACUGUUACUAUUCCUAUUUGUCAUCAAAAAAUUCAACUCGACGCAUACAAAUCCCAUCGAGAGCAUACGUUGAAUCUUCUGAAAAACAUUGAUCUAUUCUUUACAACCAAUCUCUAUCAAAUGAAUAAACCUUUUCAACUACCAUCAAUUCAUGAUCUUCAUCAGAGGAAACAUGCGCAUCAACGGAUUAGUUUUUAUGAUCGCAACCAAAGAGAAUUAUUCGUUGAUGUCAACAUUGUCUGUAUGAUCGAAUUUCGUGUGAAACUCUUCAUAUCUGUUCCAUAUAUUCUCAUCAACAGAAGUGGUAUUCCACUAAUUUUCAAAGAUUCAAACUCAAAAAUGGAAACCGCUGGACAAACUGCAGAAGAUGAACUGACGUUAAAUCGGGAACCACUUCUUUUCUCUUUUGAUAAUUCCAAUCGUACCGACACAUGCGUCAUGCGAGUUGGUACAUGUCUACAACGGCAACAAGAUGGACGCUCACAAUGGUCGACAAAGUUCAGUUUACAGUCUGGCUCUACUCACCGACAGUUACAAGUUCGCUCAACGCAUCGGUCGAUGGACUGCACUUAUUCGAUCGCUGUGGAUAGUCGAUUGGGAAGUGGUUAUCUGAAAAAAAUUCACUUUAUCUUCUUUAGUGCACGAUAUAUGAUCCAUAAUCAGUGUUCUCACGAUCUAUUAAUCGCACAACGAGCAAUUUCGCAUGAUGAAUCGAAUUAUUUAAAAGUUGCUCAGCAAGCUACGGCUGCGUAUCAUUGGCCGCGUGCAGAUUUGGAACAGUUAUUAUGUGUUCAAAUUCUUGACGAACAACAACGUCAAUAUGUGAAUUGGUCAGGUGGUUUUUCAAUCGAUUCAACAAAUGCAUUUCAUAUUAAUAUGAGAGACAAAAUGAAUCAAUGUGUUCUACUUCACGUACAAGUUAUCGAACGAAAUGAAACUUACUUCGUCGUAUUUAUGGAUGCCAACCGCAUGCCAGCGCCUUUUCGAAUCUCGAACCGAUCGAAUAUAUCAAUUCAGUUUCAACAGACAGAUAUUCCACUCGAAUCAACACAUUUAACAACGGUGGUUGCUCCUCAUCAAUCGAUUGACUACGCCUGGGAUGAACCGAAAUUGAAACCAUCAUUAACUUGUUCAGUUGUUGAUGGCACAAAAACAGCGUAUGAUCUUUUGAAAUUAGGCUCCGCGGAAGAAUUAUACUAUUAUAAUUAUAUUUAUCUUGCUUUUCAAGCAACGUUCGAAGACGACAACUCGAUUGCAACAUCCGAUUCACUAUCGUGCAGAUUGGUGAUCGAGUGUGAAGAUAAUCGGGUGUUUCUAGCGCAAUGUCAAGAAAGUAAACGUUCACAAUUGUGGUAUCUAACAGCUGAUGGUCUCUUGAUUCAUAUUGGAUCUACACCAGUGAAUUCAAAUGGAAGCAGAAAGAAGGAUUUGUUUGAUGAUCUUCGACAAACGUAUGUUUUGGAUAUUCGAGAUUUAUCGAACACAGUAACAAAAUGUUUUACUCAAUUGACAGUAAGACGUUACGAUCCGAAACGACUAUCAACACAGUCAUGGCAAUUGACAGAUCAAGGUUAUUUGUGUCUAAGAGAUAAUACAUCCAUGUGUAUACAAAUCUUUGGUGAAUUACAAACAAACUGUGAUGUUCUACUCGGACCAACUAUAACAAAUCCCAGUCAACUCCCGGUGCCUACUAUGUAUGUUCGUUCACAUCCACGUUAUUCAGGUUCAGGAGUGUUAUAUGCAUGUGUCUUUGCUGAUGGACCAACCAAUGUUCUUGAAAUUAACUCUGUUAAAUCGACGGAUGCAUCAAUUGUGACUGAUACCAUCUCGAAAGUGCUAUCAACUAUUUAUCAUGUUGAUCUUCAACUCCCAGCAGGCGCUGGUAUAUCGGUUGUCAAUUCUAUGAAUCAUGAAUCUGAAGAGCUGAUCUAUAUGUUCGUCGAUCAUAUUCAUAUUCGAUAUAAUGACGAAGGUCACGAACAAUCGAUUGAAGCAAUGAUUGAUUCUCUGAUUAUUUCGAAUCAGUUGCUAUCGACCAGCAAACCUCGUUUUCUCUAUGCUGGUUUUACAGACAGUGCAGCGAUUCAUUUUGAAAUCCAUUGGCAAAAGCUGGAUUUCAACUUCAAUCAUCUACAUAUCAUUCGUUCAUGUCAAAUUCAGAUCAAUUCAAUUUCCAUUCAACUCGACGAACUGCUCCUGUGGAAACUAAUCGAAUUCUUCGAUAUUAAAGUUUUUUCUCUAUCUUCUUUAGUAUAUACACUAACCGGCAUCAAUAAUAUGAAUACCUCUAAUCGUAAAGUUGGCUUUAGUAUCGAUGAUUACGAGACCGAUCGAAUUCUUUCCUUAUUAACUUCAACACAUGCCACCCGGAUUUAUUUUAAUGAAUUGAAUAUUUCAGGAAUCGAUCUGAAUUUAAGUGUCUCUUGCAUAUCCUCGAAACGACUUCUUUCCUCUUCGCUAUUAGCUAUCAAAAGACAAGCAUCGUUCCCGCUUGUUCCAUUUGAAAACGCUCAGAUACAUUUGAAAUCUUAUGAACAAACACACAUCUUAAACACUUACGAUUUAUUUCUUUUGUCCAUUCUGACGCAUUAUAUUCAGGUGUGUACGCGGCAAGCAUUGAAGAUCUUGGGCAGUGUAGAUUUUCUUGGAAAUCCGUCGGGAUUUUUCCGUGACGUGACCGACGGCCUAGGUUGUCUCACCGACGAACGCGGUGUUGGUGAAUCGGUGAAAAAUAUAGCACACGGUGUGGCUGACUCAACAUCGAAAGUCACCGGAUCGCUUUCACGUGAAAUUGGUAAGUUGGUUUCCAACAACGAGCCAACCCAUCAUCGACGAAAUCCUACAACUGACAAUAAUCGAAGUGCGACAUUCGGACAAGCCAUACGUAAUAGUACCGCUGACCUAGCUGCUGGAUUUUAUGGCGGGUUAACAUCGAUAAUUAAACAACCGUAUAAAGGUGCAGUUAAAGACGGUGUACCAGGACUUAUGAAAGGCUUUGCUAAAGGUAUUGUUGGAACAAUCAGUAAGCCAGUUGUCGGCAUACUUGAUUUUACUAACGGAGUGGCAACAGUCAUCAAAGAUGGUGCGCGCCCGCCGAAUCUAGCAUUACAAACAUGUCUUCGACCCACGCGAUGUCCAGCAAAUGCUUUAGGUCUCUUGCAACCCUAUAAUCUGUUGGAUGCUAAAGGACACAAUUUAUUGUACAAAAUGAAUAGUGGUAAUUCAGCCGAACGAUAUAUUUCACAUUGUACAAUUUCGACCACUGCAAACGAGACGUUUGAGAAAAAGUCAACGACUACAAGUAAAGCCACAUCGGAUCGUGUCGAUGUAAUGAUUACCACCCAACGUGUUAUCAUAUAUAGAACUGAUGAUAAUCCUGAUGUUUGCUCUUUUGAAAUUAUCAACAGUUAUGAUUUCGAUAUAUCUAUGACUGUCAUUCCGAUUGAGGAUGAUCAUGGCUCUUUUUAUAUCCAGUUUCUGUUCGAUACGAGAACUGCAUCACCGAAAUCGAAUGCUUUGCAUCGUUGUGAUACACUCGAGCAAGCUGCAAUCCUCUCGCGAGAUGUCCAACGUGCGCAAGAGAUCUUUCAAGAAAACAAGAUGCUCUACGUCGCAUCCAAUGAUGAAAUCGAAGACGAUUACAACGAGAUUUUUGACGAUCAACAAACAGACUAA